AUGGUCGGUUCCGCGCGCUCGUUUGUCGCAGCACUCGUGGCGAUAGCGCUCGCGACCGCGCGCGCCCAUAUACCAUCCCACGAUAACAUACUCAGAAUACAAUUGUGGGACGCGGAGGGUCUGAGCCGAGAUCCUAUCACGACCUACGCUCCUACCGUUCCUCCGAAACGAAAGUUAGAAGUGAACUUGGAGUCUCUGAACGAAGCUAUGCUAGAAGAAUGGUAUGGAAGCGGAAGAUUUACCAAGCACAGGGUGCGACAUAAGCGACGCCGGCCGCGACACAGCGGCGACUUUCCUUGGAAGUUCCACUCUGGUAGAGAUCCCAUCAACGUGCUUGUGUAUGACCCAGAAGUGCCGUGGGAUGUUAUUGAAACGGAACUUAAGGUGAACGAUAGUGGUGUGAGUGUGAGUGCUGGUUCGCAGCGGGAGGUGUCACCGCCGAUGACGCUGCGCCUUCCCGAGGAGGUAAUGAGUGGCAAACAAGCCUGUUUGUCUACGGAAGGGUUCUUUUCAGUGUUAUCGUCGCCCGAGGUGGUUAAUAGCCAUUCACCGAACUGA